AUGAGGGGCGACCAGGAAACAACCAAGGCCGAAAAGGCUCUUCACGACCAGACGAACAUUUUACCUCUGAGGAAACUCCUAGUCGUCUUUGCAACUCUUGCAGUCACCUUAUUAGUCUCAUUCAUCGACCAAAAUGGCAUCAGUAUCACCUUGCCGACGAUUGCUGCGGACCUCAACGCCGAGGAUACAAUAUCAUGGGCGGGUACGUCAUCGCUCAUCGCCAACACGACAUUUCAGAUGCUCUACGGGCGCUUCUCGGAUAUUUUCGGCCGAAAAGCUGUCUUUUUAAGUGCCAUUGGCCUUCUGUCCAUCGCAGACUUGCUCUGUGGGCUUUCUCAAAAUGCGACAAUGUUUUACAUCUUCCGUGGUAUUGCGGGCAUCGGCGGAGGCGGUAUCACGAAUCUAGCCAUGAUCAUUGUCUCUGAUGUUGUUACUCUUGAACAACGAGGAAAAUACCAAGGAAUUCUGGGCUCAAUGGUUGGGCUAGGAAAUGUUCUGGGGCCUUUCCUCGCUGCCGCCUUUGUCGAGAGGGCAACGUGGAGAGCGUUCUUCUGGAUGCUCUCACCCCUCGGUGUUAUUGUUGGAGUUAUCUCAUACUUCUUCCUACCAUCUAAGCCACCAGAUGAAGACUUCAUGAAGAGUGUCAAGAAGAUCGACUACGCAGGCUCAUUCACCUCCUCGGCGGGCGUCAUCUUAUUGCUUAUCCCCAUUUCUGGAGGUGGCGCAUAUUUCCCAUGGAAUUCAGCGAUGGUGAUCAGCAUGCUGACAAUUGGGGCACUUGCUCUUGUGUCUUUUGUCAUUGUGGAAUGGAAAUUUGCCAAGCUUCCGAUGAUGCCAGUCCCUAUUUUCAAGAACAAAGUAGUUGUGGUCCUCCUGGCACAAUCGUUUCUGUUUGGGGCAGCGUACCAGGGAUAUCUUUACUACAUCCCUCUGUAUUUACAGAACGCACAUCAGUUCUCUGUCAUUCACUCGGCGGGGAUCUAUGUCUCCCUCGUCGUUUGUCAGUCCGUGUUUUCGAUCAUCUCGGGACAGUACAUAUCUCGAACCAAGCGCUAUGGAGAAGUUAUCUGGGCAGGCUUUGGCCUCUGGACACUAGGAGCAGGUCUUACUCUUAUUUUUGACCGGAACACCAAGCCUGGAAUCAUCGUCAUUCCUCUCCUAAUCAUUGGCAUUGGUGUCGGCUUCAUUUUCCAGCCGACUCUGGUCGCCCUCCAGGCGCAUUCCAUAAAAUCUCGUCGGGCAGUCAUCACUUCGAAUCGCAACUUCUUCCGAUGUGCUGGCGGUGCCUGUGGACUAGCAGUUUCCGCGGCAGUUCUUCAGGCAACACUGCGAGUAAACUUGCCUGCGGGUUUUAAGGGCCUUGCCAGCAGUACUUAUUCAAUACCGCAACUGAACGAGCAAGAUAUGUCUGCAGUACUAGACGCAUACAUGGCGGCGAGUCGGGCCGUCUUUGUCCUUCAAAUACCCUUGAUCGGACUCUGCUUGGUGGGCUGUCUGCUAAUUAAAGACAGAGGCCUACAUCCGAUUGAUGAGCCGAACCCAGCUGAUACAUCCAGCGAGAGUCGGGAUGAAGAAAUGGGACACUCGAGUGAGAAGAACUCACAUGAUGGCAACCACGACAGUGAUGGACAAGUGCUAGCGGAUGGCACUAGUGCACUGCAAGGACAAGUUGGAAGAAAGUGA